AUGAAGGGAGGACAAGCGAUGCUCCUGCAGCGGGGCUACAGAGUUACCCUGAGAAGCGCCGAGUGCAUCAUUAUGACACUUGCACAUGAACUGAAGCGGAGGAAUGUCUUGCAGGUGGAGUCACGCAGCAACUGGUCUGACCUGGUUCGUGUUAUCUCAGAUGAAGCAUGCCUGACACAAGGGAGAUCUUUCUUGGCACUACCCAACAAAGUCACAGGUGCAGCUGGGAACCCAAGCCUUGUGGAGCAACAGCAGGGGGACUAUGGGGACUGGGGGGACUGGGGAGAUCAGGGCUGGGGAGGGCAGGAAGGGCAUCUCCUGCCUGUGCAGGACUCUUUAGAGGAUCGGGGCCUGAUAGUAGAGUUUUCUAAGAAUGAUCAUCUUUCCUUUGAAGAUAAGAUUACACUUAAAAAGAUUUCCCUACUUCAUCUCAAAAUGUUUGCAAUAUGGAUCACUGCUAUUUUUCUUCUUGAUGUAGCCAGAGGAAGGGAAGUUUGCUACAAAAGGCUUGGAUGCUUCACAGAUAGCCCCCCUUGGUCUGGGAUCCCAGGGAGACAACUGGCAGGCUUGCCCAGCUCUCCAGAGGAUGUGAACACCAAUUUCCUCCUUUACACUAGAGACAACAACAUGAAAUAUCAAAAAAUUUCUGCUACAAAUCCUUCAACUAUCAAAGCUUCAAAUUUCCGAACACACAGGAAAACUCGCUUCAUUAUACACGGCCAUCUUGUUGGAGCAGACCUCCCCUGGAUAACAAAUAUAUGCAGGUUCAUGUUUCACACUGAAGAUGUGAACUGCAUUUUGACGGACUGGAGAGGUGGUUCUAAUGGUUUGUACACUGAAGCUGUUAACAAUGUCCGCAUUGUGGGGGCUGAGCUGGUAUAUCUGGUGAACCUUCUUGAGAAAGACUAUGGCUACUCUCCUGCCAACAUCCAUUUCAUCGGCCAUAGUCUUGGAGCACAUGCCGCAGGGGAGGCAGGGAGAAGGAAACCUGGCAUUGGCAGAAUAACAGGUUUGGAUCCAGCUGGGCCCCUUUUCCAGUAUACUCCCACAAUGGUUAGGCUGGAUCCUUCAGAUGCAAAAUUUGUUGAUAUAAUUCAUACUCACGCUGGUCAUCUUUUCUUUGACUUUGCUCCAGGGAUUCUUCAGACUUGUGGCCACCUGGAUUUUUACCCAAAUGGUGGGAAGAAGAUGCCAGGAUGCAAGCAGCUUCGUGUACCCCCUGCAACUCAGAAUAUCAAUGACCUUAUGAGAGCAUAUAGAUCUAUUGGAUGUGGACAUAAAAGAAGUCUCCGGUAUUAUGCUGAGAGUAUUAUCACUCCCAAUGGAUUUGUUGGGUAUCAGUGUGAAUCAUAUCGAGCUUUUGUACUGGGAGACUGCUUCCCCUGUCCGAAGGAAGGAUGCCCACUGAUGGGUCAUUAUGCUGACAAGUUUUUACAUAAAACUGAAAAAGAACAGCAAAAGGUUUAUUUAAACACAGGGCCCUCCUCUCCUUACGCUCGCUGGCGGAAAGAGAUACGUGUCAGAGUAUCUGCGACAGAAACCAUGAAAGGAAGUAUAGAUGUAGCCUUGACUGGAACUAAUGGGAUCAGGAAAAAAUAUACAAUUGACAGGGGCACUUUCAAACCAGGCAAUACAUACUUGAACUACGUUGAUACAGAAAUUUCUGGGAACAUUUCAAAAGUUGAGUUUCUCUGGAAAAAGCACCUGGGUCAUGUACACAGAGGCUGCAUGGGAGCUGAAGAAGUAACAAUAAUAUCUGGGGAAAAUGGAAACGUGUGA